AUAUUUGACAAAAGCACUUUUUAUACCAUAAGUCGGGGCUUUAAAACUUUAUUAGGACAUGCCAUUAAUGAUCAGGUUUCCUCCAUGGUUCAGUGAAUGCAGAAUGAAAACACUGUAAUUUAUUUUUGCAUUCAAGCAGAAAGGAGUCUGCAAUAUCUUAAAAUCUGUAAUGGACGAAAGAAUUGUGCAUGGUAUUGCUGGAUUUUUAUAGCAUUUGUUUUUGCAGCAGUGUACGUUCAGGAAAUGAGAUUAAAUGAUCUUAAUAAGGAGGUAUCUAAAUGCGACCGGGAACUGUUUUUAGUCAAGCAGAAAUGGGAAAAUGUAGAAUCGAAAGCACAGACAGAUUGUAAGGAAUCCAUGGAAUUGUCAACUAAACUGAGCAAUCAAAUAGAAACUUUGUCUUACUGCAUGCGUGGUGCUAGAAGAAUAACAGUGUCCUUCUCAGCGACAGUAAGCAGUGUUGAAACACAAACGAUCACGCGACCAAACCAGGUCAUCGUGUUUAAGAAUGUUAUGAAUAAUGUUAGAGACGGAUAUAAUCCUGCAACAGGAAUAUUAACAGUGCCUGUGUCGGGAAAUUACGCCUUAUUCUUUGCUGUUGAAGUACCAGGAAGUACGUAUUUGAGUGUACAUUUGUCCGUUAAUAGUAAAGAUUUUGCAGAGGCCCUAGCAGCAGGAAUUAAUUCAUAUUUUAUCACAGGUUAUCCAAUCUUUGCAAAAAAUGAUCGUGUAUGCGUCAGGUCACAUCCAAACAAUAACAAGAAAGUGGAUAUUCGAUACACUGGCAACAGGAAAACAUGUCAAUAA